AUGGCGCCUGAGAAAGACUUUGAAAUCGCCAUCAUUGGGGGCGGUAUUGCUGGCGCAACUCUGGCAAUAGCUCUGAAGAACCAUGGCAUCAAAUGCCAGAUCUACGAGCAAGGCCACGCAUUCAGUGAGAUUGGUGCCGGUGUAGCCUUCUCCCCUAAUUCAUUGAGCGCGAUGGACGUGUGUGACAAGAAUCUCCGCGGCGCGUUUGAAAAAGUCGCGACGCACAACCAAUGGCCCAGCAAGAAGAACGUCUACUUCGACGUCAUGGACGGCACCCCUGAUUUUUACGGAAGAGACCAGACGGAGCCCAUCUUCACACUUGAGAAUGAGCAGGGUCAGAAUGCUGUGCACAGGGCUCAUUUCAUGGACGAGAUAUCGAAACUAAUUCCUAUUGAGACCUGUCAUUUUAGGAAGCAUCUCGAUAGCAUUGCUGAAGAUGAGAAGAUGGAGAAAUUGAGGCUGACUUUCCACGAUGGCACAAGUGCUGAGGCAGAUGGAGUGGUGGGAUGCGACGGAAUCAAAAGUCGUGUACGAGAAAUCAUCGUGGGCGAGAAGCAUCCAAGCGCCAAGGCAAAGUACACACACAUGUAUGGUUACCGAGGAGUAAUUCCGAUGGAAAAGGCGGUUGAUAUCAUUGGAGAAGAGAGAGCAACGAACUCUUGCGUGUGGAUCGGGCCCAAUGCCCAUAUUCUCUCUUACCCCGUCGAUGGUGGCGACACUUACAACAUGUUUGCUGCUGUGUGUGACACCAAUGAGUGGCCUGAUGAAGACCAUCUCACGCUUCCGGCGAAGAAAGAAGACGCGAUCAAGGACUUCGCCAAUUUCGCACCUGCCAUCAAGAAGAAGCUCACGAUGGUUGAGGAUAACCUCGAUAGGUGGGCUCUAUUCGACCUAGGCGAUAACCCUGUUCCUUACAUGCACAAGGGACGCGUUGCUAUCAUGGGCGACGCCGCACACGCCACUACACCGCACCACGGUGCGGGCGCGGGCUUCUGUAUCGAAGACUCGGCGUUGAUGUCCGCCAUACUUGGGGACGAGCGGGUCAAGAAGCCGGCCGAUGUCGAGGCAGCUUUCGCAGCCUUUGAUGCCAGCCGCCGCGAGCGAGGUCAAUGGCUGGUGCAGAGCAGCAGACGUAACAGUGAGCUCAUGGAUUUCCGCGCCAAGGACGUUGGCAGGGACCUGAAGAAGAUCGAAAAGGAAAUGAAGGAGAGAUUCGGGAAGAUCUGGAACUACGAUAUCAACGGGGCCAUUAACGACGCCAAGGGAGACCUGGGAAAGAGACUUGCAAAGAUGAGCCGGGCAUGA